UGUGUAACCUCAGGGUUCAGAAUGAGUGACUUCUCUAUGCACUUAUCUGCAUAAGCUGCAAUUAGCGAGAAAUGCAAAGUAUGAGUUAAAGGAGGGAGGUCAGUGUGUGAGUAAAAGCCAUAAGGCAGCAGAAGGAAUCAUGUGCAAGUUAAUACUGGAAGUGAGAAGUGUGUAUUCGCAAAAAGGAGAUGUGAAUCAGUGAACAGCACCUGGAGGAUCAGCUGUGCUCUGUAUUUUAUUUUCUCUUUGAAGGACAGAUGAAUGGCUGGUGGGAGUGAAGAUCAGUAAGCUGGCCCUGGUCUGACAUGAGUCACACUUGCAAGCCUAGCCCACCUCUCUCUGACACUGUACCGCAGUAUCUGAGAGGCCUCAUGAAGCUGUUGUGUGCAAAGUAUCCAGAGAUCAAGACUCUGAUGGGACCAGAUCCACAUUUGAAGUGGAUUGUAUCUGGAAUGGUUUGCAUGCAGCUGCUGGCAUGCUACCUGGUGAAAGACUUAUCUUGGAAAUGGAUUUUCUUCUGGGCUUAUGCUUUUGGGGGUUGCAUCAACCACUCCCUGACGCUCGCCAUCCAUGAUAUUUCACACAACGUGGCCUUUGGGAACAAGCAGGCCAAGUGGAACCGAUGGUUUGCAGUCUUUGCCAACUUGCCCAUUGGCAUCCCCUACUCUGCCUCCUUCAAGAAGUACCACAUUGACCAUCACCGCUACCUGGGAGGGGACAGCUUGGACGUGGACAUUCCCACAGACUUUGAGGGCUGGUUUUUCUGCACGCCGCUCCGGAAGCUGCUUUGGCUGUUCCUCCAGCCCCUGUUCUACAGUCUGAGACCGCUGUACGUGAACCCCAAAGCAAUCACACGGAUGGAAAUUCUUAAUGCUCUCGUCCAGUUUUCUAUAGACCUCAUCAUUUACUACCUGUGGGGGCUCAAACCCGUUAUUUACUUAAUAGCAGGUACAAUUCUUUGCUUGGGUUUUCAUCCCAUUUCUGGGCACUUCAUAGCAGAACACUACAUGUUCCUAAAAGGCUAUGAGACAUACUCUUAUUACGGACCUCUGAACUGGCUCACCUUCAAUGUAGGCUACCACAUGGAGCAUCAUGACUUCCCCAGCAUUCCUGGAUGCAGACUGCCCAUGGUGAAGAAGAUUGCAGCAGAGUAUUAUGAUAACCUCCCACAUCACCAGUCCUGGAUUCGAGUUCUGUGGGACUUUGUUUUUGAUGACACUCUUGGUCCUUAUUCAAGGGUUAAGAGACUGUGCAAGCUGGCAAAGGAAAGCUAGCAGGGUAGCUCUGCCUGCUGCAGUGCUGUGUGUUUGUUCAUUCCCAUGACUCCUGUUUUCUGCAGAAAUAGAAGGAUCUCUGCGUGUGCUGAACUGAAGUUGGUGCAUGCUGCUUAUACAUAUGCACACCCAAGAGGAUGGGUGUAGAAAUGAAGCAAUUUUAGACAACUGAUGUGUUUUAAUAAAGGAUGUUUGUAUAUAUAACCCUCAGAACUUAGAUUAGAGUGAACUCUGAUUAGAUGAACCUUUGGUCUAGGCUUACAAUUAACUUCCUGGGACACGUGCCUAGGCCUAAGUUUUAGCUUUGUCUGUGGGGGAGAAUGUUUGCUGUGUGUUAUGUCUCAGCAUGUGUGUGUGUAGUUCAGGACUGGUUUCUCUUGAUGCCAGAUUGGAAGUAGAUGCUCUGUGUGCACAGGACUGUGGAAGUGGAAGACUGGCAUGCAGAAGUAAAUGAUACUCUCUGGAGAACACAAGGGUGCUUUUAGUUCAAUGUCUUGUCUAAUCUAAUAUCUUCUGAUAAUUGCUAAUAGAAAUUUUAUAUAUGCAAUUAAAUAUGUUGAUAUUUUUAUACAUCUGUAACAUUAUUUUAGUAGC